UUUUUCGUAUCUCCGAAGCACUAGCGCUCUCUGACCAGGUUUGUGGAACUAAUUUUCGGUGACGAAAGCACGUGAGUAACAUAUCCACAAAAUCAUGUCGUGAAUCAAUGGUGUUAUCUAUUUUUGAGGCCGCUAGUUCUCGAGGGACGCGAAAAAUCACGAUUUAUGCUCAAUUUUAGGAUUGGAUUUAUCGGAAAGCGGAUUGUAGUGACAGGAGCUGGACAGGGCAUCGGCCGAGCUCUCGCCCUGAGACUGUCAAAGUUUGGCGGUAAAGUGAUUGCCGUAUCGCGCACCCAGAAACACUUGGACACUCUUUUCCAGGAAGACCCAAAAAUUGAGAUCAUCACCGCGGAUCUCGCCGAUUGGGAAUCGACAAGGGCUGCAAUAGAGGGCGCAGGGCGGAUAGAUCUUCUCGUAAACAACGCGGCAGCGGCCAGGCUAGACCGUUUUUUGGACGUAAAGCCGGACGAUGUCGACGUGCUUUUUAACGUUAACUUAAAGUCGGUUAUCAAUGUAUCUCAAGUCGCGGCUAAAAGUAUGAUAGCCACAGGGAAUGGCGGAAGCAUCGUUAAUAUAUCUUCUCAGGCAAGCCAAGCCGCUUUAAAAGAUCACGCAGUUUAUUGCGCAACUAAAGCAGCUCUGGAUCAGCUUACAAGAGUAAUGGCAUUGGAAUUGGGCCCACACAAUAUUAGAGUGAAUGCAGUAAAUCCCACUGUCGUAAUGACCGAUAUGGGUCGUGUUGGAUGGAAUGACCCGGAGAAGGCUGCCAGCAUGACGAGCAAAAUUCCGCUUGGUCGUUUUGCAGAGGUCGACGAAGUUGUGGAUGCAGUAGUCUACCUGCUGAGCAAUCGUAGCUCAAUGAUCAAUGGUGUGACAUUACCGAUUGAUGGAGGAUUUUUGGCUACAUAGACAGCUUCCCUAAAGAACGUUUUACGUGUUUAUAUACAAGUACUUUGUUAACAUUGUACGGCUCGAUAAUUACAAUAAAUUACAAUAGUAGAAAAUGAGAAACAAGUGUUGUUAUUUUGUAGUAGAAAAAAAAGGAAUAGUGUACAAAACAUACAGCGAUGGUAGUUGACGUGAAAGAUAAGCCGUUCCUUUUUUUUUUAACUUAUCUUGGAAUAACACCAUAAGCCAACAUCGCGUAAUACAAAAA